GCAAUGGUUGUGGCGAUUGAGGAUCUUUCGUCUAGACUGGCGCUUCCUGCUAUUGAGGAGGCGUGUUGUGGUUUCCAGCUGUCUUCUAUGUGUUUUCUUCUGGGUGCAAGUCGAGAGGGUCCUGGACCUGAUCUGUCGAGCUCAGGAUCUCCUAGCUGA